AUGUGUUAAUUUUUUCGCAUGAAAUUGUUUGUCUUUAUCCUUUUGUUUUACAGCUACAUUUUACUUAUUAUUAUAAAUUCAAAUUAAAGUGAUCAAAUACAAGGAAAAUAUUCUAUUUAGUCAACUCAUUAUUUAUUAAAUUAAGUGUGUUAUUUGCUAAACUAGCGCAUUUGUUGCAAAAACUUCUUGAAAAAGCUUCUAAGUUAGUGGCAGAUCCAUUUAAAAAUACUUUGUUUUAAAUCUGCUUAAUAAAGAAGGGUGAAAUUAUCUCAGACUAAAAUGAUUUUUCAUCUAAUAAAUCUAAAACUAAUUAAUCAUAUGAUUCUUUAAUUUUUUCUAAUUAAGUAAUAAAUAAUUUUUGAUCUUUCUUUUCUUAUUGGUUAUGGUAAUUAAUAUCACGCUCUAUUUAUUAAUCGAAAUUUUAUAAAUAAUUUUCGCUUUCAGAAGAAAAUGAAUCUGAUUCUUCAGAAUAUUAGCUGUUUGAACUUUCAAUUUGAUGCUACUCAUCAAUCUCUUAUUCAUCUUAAUUAUUUACUUCUACUUUAUUCUAUUGAUAUUACAAAAACUAAAGAGCCGUAGAAAUUAACUCAAUCUAUUAGUCAAUCACUCGAGUCAGAUUUUUUUAUGAAAAAAUAAAAAUUUUUAUCAAGUCAUUUUUCUUUGAAGAAAUUUAUUGAUCAUUUAAAUAUAAAUGCUACUGAUCUUGAUAUUUGA